GCGCUGAAGACGUCGGUUUUUCGCCCAUGCCUCCACCGUCGACUCGCUAACCCACUCUCCCUUGCACUCAACUACUAGUACUUAUGUCUUUUUUUGGCCGUCGUCGUUCCCGUCUACCCUCGGGCGCGAGCAGCUCGGGCACACCAGCGCCCUCUGAGAUCAAUCUCGAGACGAGCUUGAAACCAGGCCAAGCGUCGACGGACGCGGUCGAAAGCCUGUUCAAACCGGAUCCGAGCUCAAAGACGAUACGGAAACGGGUGACGGCGAUCACGAACAUCUUCACCAUCCGUCAAAAACGCGAGUCGGGUGCGUCGAACCUGCCCAACAUCCGUGCAUGGGGCUCGCUCAGCCGCUCGCCGUCCCCGCCGUCCCCCGACAUCCGACGGCCAAGCGGGCUUGGUCGUCGUGCGAGCAUCAUGACCGUGAACAGCACCAUGUCGACGCCGACGACGCCUUCGCUGCCUGUGCCACCCAGCGUCGACGGUCUGGGUCGUGCGGCGCGCCAUUUGAGCUCUCCGACCAUUGUGGUAUCAGAGCCUGUGGUAGCACCACGUCAACCCUCGCCGCCACUACCGCCGCUUCCUAGACUGCCCGCCAAGCCAUCCCGGAAGGCAAGUACACCGACCCCUUCUACGUCCACACCGUCCACCUCAACACCGUCUACGCCCACCCCUCCCGCCACAAACCCAUCCACUCCGACCACGUCCACUCCAACCCCAUCCACGCCUUCCACUCCUUCACGGCGAGCGACUAUCCCCUUUCGCUCUGUGUUCGCAUUCUUGCCGAAGCACGACCUUACGAGCCUCGCGAGAGUAUCGAAACAGUUCCGGACAGACUCACGUCAUGCACUCUAUCAUGCACUCGACCUGUCUGAUUGCGAUGACCAUCCUAUCGAUCAAUGCAUCACCCUUCUUGCGUCCAAGAAGGAAAUCGCCGACCUCGUCCAAUCCUUUGUCUGCCCUUCGUUCCCUACCCAUUCCCCGUCCUUCACUCUCGCCCUCACAAUGGCCUUCAACAACAUGCGCAAUCUCACCUCUGUCUCCCUGCCCCGCUUUCUCCCCGACGUUCUCCAGGGCGCGUCCUUCAGGCUGAAGAGCGUCACCCUCCGCCAGGACAGCAUGCCAGAUCCAGCGGCGUUCAUUUCCUGGCUAUCGUCCCAACCCGACAUCACCUCCCUGUCCUUUCCCUAUCUGACGUCUGCCGCCGACCUGUCAACGCUAUUCGCAAGCAGCCAGUGCGCUUCGAAUCUCACCAGAUUCGCCGGCCCACCGCCGCUCGCUGCUCGCGUAGCUCCGGGCAGGCCGCUAACAUCCAUUACGUUACAUGUCGAUUCCACGCUCUAUGAUGGUCUCCGUCCGGCUGCGCUCAUGUCCGCUUUGGCACAGUCGACGGUGUCGUUGACGAGUCUGUCGAUUAUAUCGUCGACGCCACAGGCGGUGGACGCACGUACGCUUGCAAAAUUGUUCUUGGCCGCUGGGUCGGGCUUGCCUCUGUUACAAGAACUUCAUAUUGGCUGGGUACUCGAAGAUCAGACGUUAUACAAACAAAUCCCAAGCAUCCUCCCACGCCUCCACUUCCUCCGCACACUCCGUCUCUCCCGACGCACACCCCGUCCUUUCCUCCUCCUCGACUCACGUCCAACGACCGCAGCCUCAUCCCAAGAAAUCGAUUCAUAUACCCUUCUGUUUCCUUCCCCACCGAGCAUGCCCGUCUCGCCCACGCUCAUGUCGCCCGUCUCGCCCGGGUUCGAUUCGUUUGAUCUUUUGCCGCCGCCGUCACCGCUUCCCACCACCGCCGACGGAUUGAGUGCGAACGGGAAUGGGUCGAACGGGAACGGGAGCGGUUCGUUGUUGAUGCCGGUGCAGAUUAGGACGCCGGUGCCGCAGGCGGCGAGGGAGUUGCAUGAGAAGGGACAUUUGAAGAGGUGGUGUGGGGCUUGUCCGUCACUUAGGGAUGUAUCGUUCUUGUCGGGCGCGAAGUGGAGGAUCGUGCCGCCUGGGGAAGGAGAAGGAGCGGCGCCUACGUUUGUUUGUAUGAAGAGUUAAGUGGGAUGUUGCCGUGCAGGGGAAGGGGAAGGGGAGUGGGUGGGGGAUGCCCACGAUCACUAAAAUAUCAUCAUGCACGCUUUGUAUUUCUUAUUUCUUAUUCUUUGUUUUUGUUUUAUAGGUCCCCGCUUUUCACUCUUCUUCAGCUUUAGACAUUCUAUUCGUCUGUCUGUCUGUCGAAAAAUACCCGUACAUCCAUCCACACCUCCACACCUACAUACAUCCCCUCCCAUCAUCUCUCAUCUCUCAUCUCGCGCAUCCUGAAUUCGGUCUCUGCUGCUCCCCGUCAUUCUCUAUCCUUAUCUCCAUCUCCAGUCUCCAGUAUCUCGCUCAGUACUAGCUCACCCGUCGACGCUCUUUGCCUUCUCCGUCUCCGUCUCCGUUUCGCUUCCACAUCUCUCUGAAUCUCAGCUCGAUUCUCGAUUCUUCGAUAACUUAUAUAUCCAGGUUAUCGGCAUAUUUACUCAGUCCCGCCUCGCAUGCUCAAGUCCUCAUCUGAUCUCAUCGAUUAUUCUAUUCAAGGUCUCUGUUCGUGUAAUACUUACCUGCCUCUUCUUUCUUGCUCGUUCUUUCUCUCUUCCCUUUUCGUUGUUUAUGAUGCUGUUUGUACAUAGCCUGCGGCUAGGUUUUUCUUUUUCUUCGGGUGGGUUGUGGGUUUGCUACAUAGGUUGUUCUUCUCGUGUCGGAUAAGUUGCUGGGUUGUUCAGAAUAGGUUUUGGUUGGUUUUCAGCGGUUCGUUUUCGUCUUUUUUCUGUUUAUGAGAUUAUAUGUUACGUGCUCGGCGUCGUGAUAUACAAUCG